AUAUGGCUCGUGGACAGCAGAAGAUUCAGUCUCAGCAGAAGAAUGCCAAAAAGCAAGCUGGACAAAAGAAGAAACAAGGACAUGACCAAAAGGCUGCUGCCAAAGCUGCCCUGAUAUAUACGUGCACUGUCUGUAGGACACAAAUGCCAGACCCUAAGACCUUCAAGCAGCACUUUGAGAGCAAGCAUCCUAAGACUCCACUUCCUCCGGAACUGGCUGAUGUUCAGGCAUGAAGUUGUUUCCAGGUGAAUUCAUGACACCUUUGACUCUUCUACUGUCUCAGACCUUAGGUAACAAACCUGCAGCUGCUUUUCUAACAAACUGUUGAUCAGCAAAAAUAAAGGGGCUACAGAAACUCAUUUUUAUCCUGUUCCCUUUUGGGCUUCACGCAAAGACAAUUCUGUGUAAAUGUACAGUUGACUCUGAUUUGGAAAUCUGAAAAUCAGUCCAUCCUUGUUAUAAAAAUUUUUUUACAAUUGUAAUUAUAUUGAUGUUCAUAUUGUGUAAAAUAACUCAUUUAAUAAAGUAGUACUUUGAUUUUACAACAUCACAGGAUAAAUGGUUCUAGAAAUUCUGUUCUAACUUUCCACAUUAUUUGCCUUAUAAAAAUCUAAUGAAUUCAUCAGCUAGAAUUACAAGUGUAAAUCUUAACUUCCCGUUCUCAGUUCAGUGGCAGCUUCAUUCAGUAAACUAGAGCAGACUCAUUCAUUAAAAGUAUGCACACAGUUUUAUUGGUAGCUGAUGAACUAGUUGAAGAAUGACUUACCUGCUGCCUUUGUAUAUUGCAAUCGUAUGUCAUUGUACCCCUCUGAUCAUUUCCUGUGUUUGAGAUUGGAAUAUUUAAAAUUACUCUAUGACCUGGCUCUAGCUGCCAGCCAGGUGUGCUCUGUAGAAAAUUGAUUAAAAAAAUUCCUAACAGCAGCUGGUUUGUCAGGGAUUCCUUCUGAAAGAUUAGUUUCUGAAUUAGAUUCCAUAAUGAAAUAAUCAUUGGGCCUACCCUUUAACACAUAAAUAUGAUGGAACAAAUGUGAACUGGUGAAGAUCUGUUUUAUAAAUUAUAUGGAUUCUUUGAAAAUUCUUCAGGUUCUUUCAUUUGAAAUUGAAACCAUUUUUGAAGUUUUGGGAUGUUAUUAACUAUUUGGCUAAUUUUAUGAGUGGAGUUUGCAUUAACAGGAAGAUUGGAAUGACUUAGGGCUGGGUUAAUUCCUAGGAGUACCCUCCCUCCUUUCUUUUCUAAGUGAGCUGAUUUUAGGAGUUUGCUUUGUGCUGGUUUCUAAAAUCAAAGACUGUGUAUAGAGCAACUUCCGUCUUAACUACAGAAGUAUGAAAAUAGGCCAAUAUUCACAUUCUUUUGGAUCUAAGGGUGGGGAAGCUGGUUUGUUUGGAUUAUAAGGUAAAUCCUACCCAGUUAAGGAAGACUAACUUUAGGGGGUUCUUUAAUUUUCUUGUGUCAGCUAUUAAUUGAUAAAGUAAAACUGCAACUAAAUUUAAAUUUAACAUAAUAGGAAGAACACUAAAAUAUUUACUGGUAACUGCUUAGGAGCCACAUAUCUGAUCCUGUGGAUUUCAAAAUGCAUUCCCUCUUUCUGCUGUAACUCAUCACUGUGUGUUUUGUAGCUCUGAAUAUUUUGCCCACCUUGUUCGUCUUCACUGUAAAUUAAGAAUUUCCAAGAAAAAACUUGAGUGCUAAUAGUCUCUUAGCAACUCUUGUUCUUAUACAGUCCUUUUUCGUGUGUAUUUAAUUUCCUAAAUUUCAGGUUUAGUAUUUGUUGCUUCCUAAUAUGUUGGUUAAACAUUAGAAUUUUAUCUAAUUUCUUGUUGGGGGAGAUAUUACAGAAAGUCUGGGUAAAUUAUAAUUUACAAGUUUUUUAAAGUGCUUUGAGCAUAUGUGUGUUUAUGUUUAGUAACAGCUCAUUUAGAAACCAUUCACAAA